UUCCAUACGAUUGCAGUUUAUGUUGAUCGUUUAUUUUGCGUAAUCCAGUAGCUGAUGCUGAAUUUUUUCAAAAAUGAAAAUAUUUUUAAGUUCGGUCAAAAUCGAAGAUUCGAACUGUGAUCAGAACAGUAUUCUGAUGUCUCUGUGAACUUUACAACAGAAGUGUGAGGAUAUUGAAUGCGAAAAUGGCAAAAAGUAGUCGGAAUCCAGACAUUGCUAAAAAGGUGGAGUUGAUCAAGGAAGUGCACCAGCUGGAAAUAAAGGUCCAAAACAUGGAGCGAGAGAAGACAACCCACCUCUACAACAGACGCAAUGACUUCAGAGAGGAGUUCCGACAUCUGGAAGAGCUGGACCGAAAAUUAUCAACAGAUCAGAAAACUGAAAAGAGCAAGCUGCAGCAACAGUUGACCAAGAUACGAACAAAUGUGAGGAAGUUUCACAGAGAACUUAAAGAUGUCAAACCUACACCCGAGUUUGUUGAGAAGUUAAAGGUUAUCAUGGAAGAUAUUGAAGGGACCAUCUCAAACUUUAAACAGCAGCAGAGACUCAUGUAUGAAGAACUUCUUCAUGAAGAAAAGUCAAAUGAACAAGACAUCCUAGCCCUGGAGAAGAAAUUUGAAUCAUGGUCUCAAUUGCCCGCACCUGUAUCAGCCAGGCCCACUUUCAAACCUGUCAGGUCUGCGCGUGAUGUCACAAAAGAUCUCCCUCCUGAAGUGGCUGAAUUUGAGAGAUUCCUACAGCAAACAGGAGGAAUGAGGGGAGGUUGGGAUGAUUACGAUCACGGAACAUUCAUGAAGUUUAGGAAUAAACACAAGGGUAAGACUAAAUUCCUCCGUGAAGCAAUCUCUGCAAUUCCUACAAAGACAGCUGAUGAGGUGAGGGACCAUGAGAAUUGGUACCAGGAGUUCCUGAUGCUCAAUGACAGGAAGAAAGAAGCCAUACAGAAAUGGAGAGACAGAAAGCAGGAGGAAAAAGAUGAGGUGUUUAACCAGUCAGAUUCCUCAGAUGACAGUGUUAAUGAUGAGGACAAGAAAAAGAUGGCGUUACAAGCUAAGAUUGAGAGAGAAAGACGGGAGAGAGCUGGGCAGUUAAACUCAUGGAAGGUUCAGAAGGAACUGGAGCGGGCAGAGAGGGAGGAAAAACAAUUGAGAGAACAGCUCAUUGAAAUGAGGAAAAAAGAAAAGAGUCAAGAAAGACAGCGUGAAAUGCGAGCCAAGGUGGCUGACUACAAACAACAGAAAGACGAAGAAGAGCAGAUUAAACAAGAGAUUGAAUUCAUGGAGAAACAAGCCAAUGAGGAUAUUAGAAGACGCAUUGGGAAUAAGGAAAUCGCCCGAUUCAAAGAAAGGGACAACCACCUUGUGCAAAGCAAACUAGAGAAAGAGAGACAAAGGGCAGAGGAGGAGAGAGAGAAACAAAAGAGACUCCAACGUUUGAAAGGCCAGGUGAAGGUACAUGUAACAAGGGAUCCAAAUAGAUUACUAAAGCCAACCAAGGGCUGGGAGGAGAGACAGAAAGAUCAGACUAAAUCCGGGGGACAGGUCCUACAUGUGCAACAUAAGGCUGUACCUUCUUGGAGAGCUGGACUUGGCUAGUAGUUCAUGUCGUGUGCAUUUAUGGCUGCAAGACAGUGCAAGUAUAUAUGGAUUGUGGACUAAGAAUGGCAGAUACAGUUGAAUGUGGACUGCAAAUGGGAUAAAGAUCGGUGGAAGUAGAUGGGAGAAAUAGUUUAAAGUCUUACUUAUGGCAGGUGGCAACUGUACAUGCAGAUGGCAGUAAAAUAUGGCGAGUAUG